UUGAAAAAUAAAUAACCCAAGAUGACUACCCGAAUAAAUAUCCUGGACAGAACACGGCAUCAGUGUUUUCCUCAGACAGAAGACCAUGUGUGAAACAGGAAAUCUCAUAGCAAGACUAGUUCAAGCAGUAAGGUUUCAUGGAGAAAUGGAAUCACGCUUCAAACGAUUUCAUUUUGUUGGGGUUGUUUCCCCCAAAUAAAACUGGCCUUCUUCUCUUGCUCCUUAUCAUCCUUGUAUUCUUCCUGGCCUCGGUGGGUAACUCAGCCAUGAUACACCUCAUACGCGUGGAUGCCUGUCUCCACACACCGAUGUACUUUCUGCUCAGCCAGCUCUCCCUCAUGGACCUGAUGUACAUCUCCACCACCGUCCCCAAGAUGGCUUUCAACUUCCUCUCUGGCCAGAAAGGCAUCUCCUUCCUGGGAUGUGGUGUGCAAAGCUUUUUCUUUCUGACCAUGGCAUGUUCUGAAGGCUUACUCCUGGCCUCCAUGGCCUAUGACCGGUACGUAGCCAUCUGCCAUCCCCUCCAUUAUCCCCUCCGCAUGGGUAACAGGAUGUGUAUGAAGAUGAUCACAGGAUCUUGGACAUUGGGGUCCAUCAACUCCUUGGCCCACACAGUCUAUGCCCUCCGUAUUCCUUACUGUAGGUCUAGGGCCACUGAUCAUUUCUUCUGUGAUGUCCCAGCCAUGUUGCCUCUUGCCUGUAUGGACACCUGGGUCUAUGAGUGCAUGGUUUUUGUGAGCACAACCCUCUUUCUCCUUCUUCCUUUCCUUGGUAUCACUGCUUCUUAUGGCCGUGUCCUAUUUGCUGUCUACCAUAUGCGUUCAAAG